CGAGUGGGAGUGUUGUUUGUUGUUGAUUCGGGGCCAAACCGAGAGACGGACGAUGGACGGAGGAAAAACUAAAUAACUUUGCUCCUGCUCCUGAUGGCGAGAGCAGUAACUUUGCACAAUUAGGAACGGAGCAGAAUUUCCAUUUGGGUUCUGGUCGCUGAUCGGGUUGGAGGUUCCGCGCGAAUUCGGAUAACUGACAAACGAAUUAGAAGCUGUGUUAGUGUGUGAUCAAAACCUUUUUGGGAAUAUGUUAUUAAAUUGUUGUUAAAAAGUAAAAUUCAAACAAGUGGAAAAGAGAAUAAGAAGUGUGAUAAAUGAAAAAAAUGUAAAAAUUGAAGAAGUGAAAAUAUCCAUCAACAAUAAAAAGUGCAAUAUUUAUGAGUUCACCAGCAAGUGCAAGCCAGGUCAAAAUGGAAUCUAGCAAAUCGUUUUUCAUACGGGAUUUAUUAGGAGAUCUGAUAUCUGGACGGCAUUCUAGUGAAUCACAAUACUCAACCGGCGGCAAAGGUGGAAUAACAUCGGAAACGGACGAUGAUGAUGACAGUGAUAUCGAUAUCGAUAUCGAGGAUCGUUCUUCGCCAGAUUCGGUCAUAACUUCCGGUGGAUAUCAUUCACAUCAACAUCACCCCCACCAUCAGCAUCACCCACAGCUUUCGUCCGCCGGUGGGACACUGCUAACUGUACAGAAUCUCGUUAAUCGAGGAGAUAACAGCAACGGGUUAAUAGUGAAAGCUGGCCGAAAGCCCCGACGGAGAAGGACGGCUUUCACUCACGCUCAGCUGGCGUAUUUGGAGCGGAAGUUUAGGUGUCAAAAAUAUCUGUCCGUAGCCGACCGAAGUGAUGUGGCUGAUGCGCUAAAUUUAUCCGAGACGCAAGUAAAAACGUGGUAUCAAAAUCGAAGGACCAAAUGGAAACGCCAAAACCAGCUCCGCUUAGAACAGCUAAGGCACCAAGCAAGCCUAGAGAAGGAGCUAAUCAACAGUCAGGAGCAAGGAUCCCCACCGAAUGGGAUCCAAUGCUGUCCAACAACCGGAUCGCUAACGGCAUCCUUCAGUCAAAAUCCGUGCAAUUUUCUCACUUCGGCAGCGGCGGCUGCAAUUUUCCGAAACGUAUCCUACGCCCACGGUUGUCCUCUGUAAUUUCAAAACACCCCUUCAAUUCAUCCCAUCCUAUUCACCCCAAUAAUCGAGACAAAUCAGAAAAAUAAAACAUAAUGUUUACAGAUGACUGAUCCCGACCCAACCCCUGCUCAUGGCCAUGGAACAAACAAACGGUGGGACAUGAUGAAGUGAUGAGUGUUUUGUGUCCCAAUUAUGGACUUUUUGAAUCCAGAAAUUGAUUGUAUUGUAAACGAUGUGUGCAGGUAGGGGGAUAUCACAUCACAACUUGUAAAUAGCUUAAGGUGUUUGUUACGAAACCGGGAUUACACAGAAAAGAGUCGCAUAAUGAAUGUGUAGCUAAUAAUAUGUAGACCGAUAUGAUUAUGAUGUUAGAAGAAGAGGAAG